AAGCCCUCCCACCAGGCUAUCGGGUCCCGGCUUUUUCCCGUCGCCCGGCUUGGCGCAUGCCCCGGGAAAUGCUUGGCGCAUGCCUUUUCUUCUUGGGGGGUGGUGGUGGUGUCCCGCUGUACUUGGGACACCACCGGGAGAAAGGCCAGAUCCCGCCUCCAACCAGGUCCCGCCCCACUUCGGGAUCAGGCGGAGGAGGCGGCUAGUGCUGCCGCCGCCACGGCCGCCGUGCCCUUCAGUCCGUCGCCAGCUUGGCGGGCGGUUCGCCAGGUCCUACGCGGCUUGCCCGGGGAGCCGCUUGCUUUCCCUCGCCAUGCCCGUGGGAGCCUCUCCCUCGGUCAGGUCUCGAUACAACCUAGUGGAUGACAGACACGACCUACGCAUCCCGCUGCAUAACGACGACGCCUUCCAGCAUGGCAUCGGCUUCGAGGCCAAGUAUAUUGGCAGCUUAGAUGUACCUCGGCCAAACAGCAGGGUAGAGAUUGUGACUGCUAUGAGACGCAUCCGGUAUGAAUUCAAAGCCAAAAGUAUAAAGAAGAAGAAAGUGAAUCUGUUGGUAUCUGUAGAUGGUGUGAAAGUGGUACUGAAGAAGAAGAAGAAGAAGAAAGAGUGGGACUGGGAUGACAGCAAGCUACUGGUGAUGCAUGACCCAAUCUACAGGAUAUUUUAUGUAUCCCACGAUUCCCAGGACCUGAAGAUCUUCAGUUAUAUUGCAAGGGAUGGCUCCAGUAACACCUUCCGUUGUAAUGUUUUCAAGUCCAAGAAGAAGAGUCAAGCCAUGCGCAUUGUCCGAACAGUGGGGCAAGCAUUUGAAGUCUGCCAUAAAUUGAGCCUUCAGCAUACACAGCAGAAUGCUGAUGGUCAAGAAGACAGUCAUAGUGAAAAGGGCAGCGAGGAUUUGGAAGCAUCAGCCUGUGGUUUGACUGAACCUGAACCUGUCAACACUACUGAGGAAACAGACAUUGAUGCUGUGGAUAUCAGACGACCAGGGAGUGAUCACUUGGAGUUUACCAGGGGCGUGACAGAUCUUGACGCUGUUGGUAAAGAGAAGUCUGGUCUUCUUUGCAUCAAGGACUUGGUUCACAAAGAGAAUAUCUUCAUGGCUUCUCCUAAGAUGCUUCUCCCUUCUUCUACCCAGUUGGCUGAGCCAGAGGUUCCUCUCUCUGCUCAUCACCAAAUGCAGUUUCUGCAACAGCUUUUGCAGCAGCAACAGCAACAGACUCAGUUCGCUGUGGCUCAGGUACAUCUGUUGAAAGACCAAUUAGCUACAGAGGCAGCUGCCCGCCUUGAGGCCCAGGCUCGAGUACACCAGCUCUUGCUUCGGAAUAAGGACCUUCUCCAGCAUAUAUCACUUCUAGUAAAGCAAGUGCAGGAACUGGAGGCAAAACUGCUGGGAAUCAACACCAUGGACGCUCAAGAUAGCUUGUUGGAAAUCACCUACCCAUCAGGUGCCCUGCCUGUUCUGUGUGAUCCCACUACCCCUAUGCCUGAGGACACCCACCUUCUUCAGCCUGACCACAGCUUCUCCAAUGUUUCCAGUUCUCUGGGCAGCCCUUUAGUUGACCAAAGUAUGUUUGAGAAUUCAAACACUACCCUGACAGCAAAGUUGCCUAUUGUCAAAUCUGCCUUCCGGUCCUCCACUGGUACAAAUCUGCGAGUGCAGCCAGAGUGGAAAAUGGGCAGUCAACAUCUAAAAAACCUCAGCAUGACUGUUGGUGCAAAAGUCAGUGAUUUCCUGCGCAGGAAAGAGUCCACCAACCACAGCAUCUUUGGGGUAACAGAAGUCAAUGAACGUGCUGAGGCAGCCCUCUCUUGUGGACAAAGCACAUUGCUGGGAGGUCAGGACCAGGCAAAUAGGCAGACACCAACAAGUGUAAUUCCAAGGCUUAAUCCACCCCCAUUGAGUACCAAAAAGCGUACACCAAGAGCUCUGAAAACCACUCAAGAUCUGCUGAUUGCUUCCGAACCACAGAUGAAGACUACAGAAACCUUACUUCCUAAGGAACUCCGGAAACUUCAGCGCCUACCUACUAAUACAGAGGCAGCUUUUAGAGAGAUUAAUUCAUUGACCCAGAGGGAAGUUGGAACCAGCAAUAGGGCAUUUGCUGUGCCUGAUCUCAUUCAUAAGGAGAAUAUAGAGCCCAAACAAAGUGCAAUUCACAGUUUAUCUUCUUCCACUCUCCCAGAAAAUGUGGCUCUUAGACUUGAUUUAAGUGCUAGUAAAAACAUUCCUGAACACCAAAGCUAUAAGAUGCCUUCAGAAGCAAAGAUACCAACCUUAGAAAGUGAAAGUCAUAGUCCAGACUUGUUGUCUUUUGAGUAAAACUGUCUUUUAUUUGCAGCAGUGCCUCACUUUUAUAGCCAAAAUGGUCAACAUAGCAGUUUCUUUAUGAAAACUUCCUGAGCCAGGUGUUGGAAUUGAUCCUACAUUUCCUGAAAGCAGCUUUCUAUUCUCAGGAAGUGAUGGCAGGAAGCAUCUUGAGGAAAAAGUGGGUCUCUUUUCUAACAGAUUUCUUGCAAUUAGCUAGCCAUAGGAAUGCAUUCCGCAUACUAUUUCUGCUUUAGUUCAUUGUUUAGACAGGUUCAACAAAAAUAAUCUGCAUAACCUGAAUGUGAGAAUUUUUAGUGGUGAAACUGCAACCCAACUACAACAUUCUUGAUAUAUUCUUCAAAUUACUUUUAGAUAUCUAUAGGAUGAAAAUGAUUCAAAAAUGAAAUUGCCUUGCGUGAGCAGAACAAAAAUGCAACAGUACUUCAUAUGAGACUCUCUAUGGUGGAUUAUGAUCACUAACAGAGUUUCUUGUUUCAAAAUUUCAUAAGAGUUGUUAACUAAGUGCAAUUCAAAAUCAAAGCAUUAUUUUUGGAGAGAGGUGAGAGGAGGAGAAUACACUCUGGUCCAAAAAUUAUGUUGUGUUCUCUUCAGUUUCCCUGCAGAAAUUUAUGAAUGUAUUUCUUUAGGCAUUGAUCUGAUUGCCCUGAGUGGAGAGGUUUUGGGCUUGUACUAUAUAUAAAAUGGCUUCAUUAAUAUAUCUUUUAAUUCCUGAGGGUGAAAACCAACAAAAUCUCUGUAUAGUCACGUCCCUCAGAAGCAGGAAGAAACUCAAUAUGUGCCUUUCCUAACUUAGAUCAACAGUUCCCUUCUCUGUUUGGGCUGGGUUUGACUUCUAUAAAUGUGAUUAAAUUCCACCCAAAAAUCUAGCAGGAGUUCUGACCAUUCAGGUGCCCAGGGAUCUUGUUUGCCUUUCUCAAAAAGCAUAGCAAAAAACCUAAACCUAAUCCAAGAUGGAGAAACUCUUAUAAAGCAAUAUUAUGCUUGAGUACCUCCCUUUGCCUGCCACCCAAUUGUCUGGCAGGAAGAACAAUCUUUGCUAGUUAUGCCUUCCUGCCAGUCCAUAUAACCCUUCAGCUCUUCAUAUCAGUAUCACUUGCUAUGUAGGCAUAUUACUCAAUAGUGGGCAUUUGAAACCAAAGAAAAGGGUUGAUGAACUGAGCACAAUAUACUGAAAUUAAUCUGCUCUCUGUUCACCUGAGAGGUGUCUUUCCUGCUCAGUAUUAACUUUCUGAAAUAUUGAAAUAGGGUGGGAGAGAUUGUCAAUGAAUCUUUCCAAUGCAUUUUGCUAUAUGCAUCUAUAACUUAAUGGGUUGAAUAUCUAUCUAAUUGUACUCCUUGAACAUGUCAGUUAAAUAGUAUCAAUCUCAUAUAGGAACACGUCCAAAUUUGAAAAGCAACAUAAGUGCUCAUAUUAUUAUUUUUAAUAUUGGAGUCAUCUUGGAAUGUAGCUAUUUUUACAAGUUUACUUCUGUUAUUACUAUAAUUCCUAGCUCUCUUUUUCUAACAGGGAUUUUUUUUAAAUUGAUUUUACAACAACAACACAACACAAUACAACAUACAAAACACAAACACAUGAUAUGUGUUUCUUUUUACAUAUCAGUUUCGUUCCUCUUACUUUCUACUAUACACAUUCCCCAUUUUUCCCAUCCUUUCUUAUCAUUAUCUUUAUCAUCCCUUUAUUUCAUUUAUAAUAUUUUACACAUUUGUCACCUUCUUCUCUCCAUCGUUUAUUCACAUUUACUUUCUCUAAUCUCGAGCCACUCAUACCACUUAGUCCAUACUUGAUAAUAUUCUGUAUCUUCCUUUUCUUUUAUUUCUUUCAUUAAUUUAUCCAUCUCCGCACAGUCCAGGAUUUUCUUAACUAUUUCUUCCUCUGUUGGGAUCUUUUCCCUUUUCCAGGACUGCGCGUAGAUUAUCCUUGCCGCUGUAAUUAUAUGCAGAAUCAAAUAUCUAAUUUCUUUGCUGUAAGUUCUGUUCAAUAUCCCCAGUAAAAACGUUUCUGGUUUCCAAUCCACAUUAUAGCCAAUUAUCUCUUCUAUCUAUAUAACUUCUAAUUUUAAUCCAAUAUUUUUUCGCAUUGGGACAUGUCCACCAGAGAUGAUAAUAUGUUCCGGGGACUUUUUUACAUUUCCAACAAUUUGGAGAAUUGUUCGGAAACAUUUUAGCCAGUUGUACUGGUGUGAAGUGCCAUCUGUAGAACAUUUUUAACUGGUUUUCCUUGAAUGCCGUUGAAAGAGUCCUCCAGGUGCCGUCAGCCAAACAAUGUUGACUGGCGGCCCCUAGGGGGAGGGCCUUCUCUGUGGGGGCACCUACUAUCUGGAACGAGCUCUCCCCGGAGAUACGGAGGGGAGAUCUGCACACCUUCCGCCGUGCUUUGAAGACACUCCUAUUCCAGCAGGCCAGCCUGGCCUAAUUUUCUCCCCUUCUUUUAAAUUUUAAAGUGAAAUUUUAAUUUGUUUUAAAUUAUUGGGAAUUUUAAUUGUCUCGGGCAAAAAUUAUUUAAUUUGGUUUUAAUUAUGUUUUUUAACUUUUGUAUUUAUGUGUUUUAUUUUGUGCCUGUUCACCACCCUGAGUCCUUCGGGAGUAGGGCGGUAUACAAAUUUAAUAAAAUGAAAUGAAAAUGAAAUGAAAAGAGUCAAUUUAAUGUUUAUUUCUCAUAAUUUUUCCAAUUUCUCCAAUUCUAUAUUGUAGCCAAAAUUUUUGGCCCAUCUAAUCAUGGUAUCUUUAACUAUCUCUUCUUCCACUUUAUACCUCAGUAGAUAUUGGUAUAUAUUACUAAUUAAUUUUAUCUCUGUUCCAUGAAUAAUUUUAUCUAAUUCUUACGGCUCCUUUCGUAUUUCAUAUAUCUUUUUAUCUCUUACAAGUUUAGAUUGCACUUGUGCAAAUGUCCAUCAAUCCAUCACCCUACCAAUUUCUUGUUCCAAUUCUUGUUUCGUUUUCAAAUCUCCCUGAUCAUUUACCAAUUCCUUAUUUCUAAUUAUCUUAUUUUUCUCCAAUAAAUUUGGGUAUAUCAAUGCUUCUGUUGGUGAUAACCACAUUGGGAUUUUAGUAUAGUGUUUUUGUUUUGUUUUUUUCCAAAUCUGUAGCAAUACAUUCCUGAUUAAAUGUGUUUGAAAAUAUUUAUAUGAUUUAUAUUUCUCAUUCCACAGGAAUGCAUGCCACCCUGCUUGCAGGUCAUGACCUUCUAUUGUUAGCACUCUGUUAUUUUUCAGCUCCUUCCAGUCUUUUAACCAUACUAAACUUGCCACUUGGUGAUAAAUUUCCCAUUCUGGUAACGCCAAUUCCCCUCUAUCCUUUGUGUCUUGCAAAAGUUUUAAUUUAAUCCUGGGCUUUUUCCCUUGCCAUAUAAAUUUGCAAAUUAAUUUAUUUAAUUCUUGAAAGAAUGUUUUUCCUAGUUUUAAUGGUAUCAUUUGGAACAGAAAUAAAAUUCUCGGCAAUAUAUUCAUUUUCAUUGUUGCGGUCCUCCCUAGAAAUGAGAUUUGUAAUUUUUCCCAAUUUCCUAAAUCUUUUUUUAUUUGGUGUAUCAAUUUAUCAUAGUUGUCCUCCUUAAUUGGGGAGCAUUCUGCUGUAAGCCAAAUUCCCAGAUAUUUUAUUUUCUUAGUUAUCUUCAUUUUCAUUUUGUCCUCCAAUUCCUUUUCCUAACCCUUUGUAAGAUUUUUUGCUAUUAAUUUUGACUUAUCCUUAUUAAUUUUGAGUCUUGCUACUUCACCAAAUUCUUCUAUCUUUUGUGUCAAUUUAGAACCUGUUUCUAAUGGAUCUUCCAAAAUGAAUACCGUGUCAUCGGCAAACGCUUGAGUCUUGUAUUCUUCCUUCCUAAUUUUUAAACCCCUUAUUUCCUGAUCUUCCCUAAUUUUCAUUAGAAGAGUUUCGAGUGAUAAAAUAAAUAGAAGAGGAGAAAGGGGACACCCUUGCCUAACCCCUUUUGUAAUAUCAAUUUUUUCUGUUUUUAUAACUACCCUGGCUGUUUGUUUGGAAUAUAUUUUCCCCACCAUUUUUUCAAAUCUUUCUCCCAAUUCCAUAUAAUUUAAUUGUGUUGUAAUGAAGUUCCAAUUCAAAUUGUCAAAGGCCUUUUGGGCAUCAAGGAAAACCAGUGCCGCUUGCUUUUCCGGAUGGCUUUCAUAAUAUUCGAGAACAUUCAUUAUUAUCCUCGUGUUAUUUUUAAUUUGCUGCCACGUCAGAAAACCAUUUUGGUCCGAAUGUAAUUAUUCAAAAAAAAAAUUAAUCUCUCCACUAUUAUUGUUGCAAAUGUUUUAUAAUCUGUGUUCAGCAAAGAAAUUGGCCUAUAGUUUUGGAUUUGUUGUAUAUCCGUGCCUUCUUUGGGUAUGAGGGUAAUGAUUGUCUCUGUCCAGGUUGCUGGAAUUUUUGCUAUUUCUAUCGCCUCAUUAUAAGUCUCCAACAUUAUCCAUUGUAGUACCUCUUGUGGAUUUUUAUAUAACUCAAUCGGAAUCCCAUCUGGGCCAGGUACUUCAUUGUUCUUUUCUUUUGUUAUUUGUCUAUUUAACAUUUCUCUUUGUUCAUCAGAAAUUUUUCCCAAUUUGGCUCUUCUAUGUAUUGUUUAACUUUCCAUCUGCUAUGUCUUCCUGCUUGUAAAGCUUUGUAAAGAAGUUUUGUAUUAUUUCCUUUUUUUCUUCUCUCCUAUACUGUAUUAUACCAUUUUCAUCUUGUAACUGUUGUAUUAUUCUCCUUCCUUUUUCUUUUCUUAAUUUAUAUGCUAGCCAUUGGCCUGUUUUAUUCGCAUUCUCAAAAUAAUUUUGUUUCACUAUCCUAAUUUUCUGUGCCAUUUCUUUUUGUGUUAUCAAAUUAAUCUUAUGUUUCAUAAUGUUCCAUUUUUUCCUUUAUCUUUUUAUUUUGUGGAUCCUUUUGUACUUCAUAUUCAUUUUUUUUUUAAUUCUUCCUGCAGGCUUUCUAGUUGCACUCUCUUUUCUUCAUUUUUCUUAGAAUUAUAUGUGAUGGUCAAUCCCCUUAUAUAGGCUUUUGUGGUAUCCCACAAGUUUUGUAUCGAAGUAUCUUCUUUUUUAUUUAUUUGAAAAAAUGUUUUCAACUCCCUCUCUAACAUCUGUCUAAAUUUUUUAUCUUUACACAAAUUCUGAUUCAUUGUCCAUCGUUUAUUUUGUUUUUGGGUUUUCCAUUUUAAUAUAACUGGAUUGUGAUCGGCCCAAUCAUUUACUCCUAUUCAAUUUCUUCUAUUUCAUUUUGAAUUUCUGCUGUUGUCCAGGCCAUAUCGAUCCUGGACCAUGAUUGAUGUGGGUAUGAAUAAAAUGUAUAUUGUUUAUGUGUUCUAUGUGUCUCUCUCCAUAAGUCUCGCAGAUUGAACUCAGAUGCUAUAUCAAAAAAGACUCUUGGUAAUACACUUUUUUUCUUUUUCUUUUUUUACUACUUUUAUAGUCUCUCUCAACUUCCACCACCGAAUUAAAGUCCCCAAUCAUACAAAUCUUUUCAUAGUCCAUGUCCACUAAUUUCUUGUGUACAUUUGUAAAGAAUUCUUGUUGAUUUUUAUUUGGUGCAUAAAUUAAUGUAAGUAGCAUUUGUUUCUGUUCUAUCUCCAAUUCCACCAUCAAAAUUCUACUUUUGUUGUCUGCGUAUCUUAGAUUUUAUUUUAUUUUUUCCUUUACAUAUAUGGCAAUACCUCCUUUCUUUUUAUCUGCUAAAGUUGUGUAUAAUGUUCCUAAUUUUCUAUUUUCUAAUAAUUUUCUGUAUUUUUUGGUAUAUGAACCUCUUGGAGGCAUAUCACUACAGCUUCCAAUUUCCUUAAUUUAUUAAAUAUUAGCGUCUUUUUCUUUGGGAUAUUUAGUCCAUUAAUAUUUACCAAGAAAAGCUUAAUUGCUUCUCCCAUCUUCUACUUGAUCUGUCUUUUUGUGUUUCUAGUCUCUCUUACUACCCUUCCUUUUGCUCCUCUUUCUACCCUUUCUUUUUCUUGUUUCUUUUGUAAGUCUUUCUCUAUUUCUAGUUCUUCCGAUUUCUCUUCCUCCUGACUUCUAGUCUCUAAUUCUUCCCUACUUCCUUGAUCAUCCCCCUGCACGAAGUGGUGUUCAUAAAAUUAUUUUGCCUUCUCCAGUGAAUUGAUCCUAUACUUUUUUUCUUGCCAUGUCACAAGUAAACCCUCAAGUAUCAACCAUCAAUAUAUUUAUAUUUAAUUAAUUGCGUUGUUAAAAAUUGAUAUUGGCGUCUUUGAUCUCUUAUCCUUCUUGAUACCUGUUUCAAUACUAUGAUUUCUUUGCCUCUAUAUGUUAAUGUUUCCUCUCUUGUCCUUUUAUAUACUUCGUCUCUUAUUGACCAUUUUGUGAAUUUAAUGUGUACCUCACUCACCAACCUAUGUCUUCGUGAGUAGUUUGUGUAUACUCGAUAGGUUUCAUCAAUAUCUCGUCUUAUUUCCUGUUUAUCUUUUCCUAAUAUCUCCGCCACGAUUUCUGCCAUUUUCUCUCCUAAAUAUUCUUCUUUCUCUUCUACAAUAUUUUGAAAUCUAAGGAAAUAAGAAGCUUUCUCCAUUUCCAGAAAUAUGAUCAAUUCAGCCAAUUCUCUAUUUAUUCGCAUCAAUUUCUGUUCCCACAUUUCCAUUUGGUUGUCAAUCUGAUCAAUUUUUGUUUCCACUUUUUGGAUUCUCUGUUCAUUUUCCACCAUUGUUUGUUGUAUAUUCCUUAUCUUAUCAUUCACACUUUUUAUCUCAGUUUUUGUUCCCCCAAUUUCAUCUUUAAUUUCUUUGUGGUGUUCUCUCGUCUCCUCGUGGUUAUCUGCUAUGGCCUCCUGGGUCUUCAUCAUUGUUUCCUGUAUUAAUUGUAAUGCUAUCUGCAUACUUUGUGUACUCAUUGCCUGUUCUGUUUUUUCUUUUCCUAACAUAGUCACUAUCGAUCUUUGACUUGUGGGAGAAUCUGUUGGUGUAGUGUUUAUGGCUGCUUUUUUGCCUGUUUUGGUUAUUGUUGCUGUGCUUGCCAUCUUUACCCCCUGUACAAUAUUCUUCCAAAUUAACAUAUAUCAAUAUACUGGUAUUAGGAUUUAAGUUCAAGCUGAGGAUUACCUCUACUAUACUUUAACAGCAAUAUUUUCCUGUUUUCUCUCUCACCCUUAUAUAUUAUAUUUUAUGAUAUUCUUAUCACUUUAUAACUCUAAUCGCAAUACUUAUACCUAUUCAAUUUUCUAAAUUUCUAUUAUCACUCUUAUUCAACUAAGUAUAUUUCUUUACGAUACAAUAAUAUUAUUCUUCAAACAAUUCACUUAUUCAGUUAUAUCUCUAUACCUUAAUUCAAUUCAUUCUGACCAUUUCAUUUACAUCAAUGUCUAUAAUCACUUUCCUUCUUAUCACUUACUAUCCGCUCGUGUCUGUCUGUUGCAACUUUGCAUCAGCCUUUUCUCCAGAUUUUCCUUGCCCUCAAUAUAUCCACCACUCCACCAGAUGUCUCCUCUUCUUGUCUUCCAGUAUAUUCAGUGUCUCCAAAUUAUUCAAUAAACACUGUCCCCUUCUUUGUGUCAAUACUUUCUUGUUUGUAGUCAUCUUUUCCUUCCUCAAAGUUCAGUCCCCUUAGUUAACACUUCAUUCUCCACUGUCCAAUUGUCCCUUCACCUUUUAUAAUCCUUCAUGUCAGUUUCUCAAAAUCCUUCAAUCGCCAUUUUUCAUUCAGUCAAUACAUCUCCAAUGGUAUCUUCCGUUUCCUCUCUCGUUCACAAUCUUUUUAAUCUGUUUCUAAUCUUUUCUUUUUUAUCAGCUCCUCUAUUUGGAUUCUCCCCUUCUUCAUGAUUUUCUUAAUCCAAUCUGUUUCUCAAUUCUCUGCUUUGCUCUCUUUUAGUGGCCGCCUUCUCAACACUUUGUGUCUUUCCUCUUAUUCGCCUUCCUUACUUAAUUUCGCGCCAUCUCGCCAAAACUUCCUCACCUCUUUCUGGGAUUCCUCACAUUUCCGGAACGAAGCUUUCACUUUAAAUUUUCACUUCCCACUCUCGCGGCCACCAGCGCUCCAGGCCAAUCUUGAAGACCGGCUCCUUAUUUAUUAUUUAUUUAUUAGUUCAAUUUAUAUGCCGCCUUUCUCCGAAGACUCAGGGCGGCUUACAAUGCAUUUAAAAAACCAUUAUAAAAACAUUUAAAAAUUAAAAUUAAAAUUAAAAAUCCUUCUUCACUAAGUUUUAAGAGUGCCGCUCCAGUCUACUUGGGAGUUUGCCUUCCACCCAAUUCUCUGGAGCUUCCUCUUUUAUUUGCUGUUCUCUUCAUUGUUGGUAAUGCCUUUAGUGAAGAUAUUUCGAGCUUCAGGAAUGGAGCACCAUCCCGUCGCCCACUCCAUGCUGACAUCACCGCUGGAAGCCCCCCUCUCACAGGGAUUUUUAUCAAAUCGAAACAAAUAUGCAUGGACAUCUAAAAGUCAGUAAAUUUCCUAUUUGAUCAUCCAAACUGAACAUUUUAAAAUUUGAUAUUUCUAUUGCAUUUCUUGAUUUUAGUAGGUUUCAAGUAUGAAAUUUAUUUCAACUCUCAGUUAUUGUCGAAUAUUCCUUUUGAUUGUAUAUUAUUUCACCAGUGCUAUACACAGUAAUUUAAUCAGUAUCAAUUUAUUGGAUGGUGAUUUAUACCAAUCAACUUUCAGUGGAUUCUUUGGAAGCAUCUUUUUUCUUCUUAUAUGUACAAUAAGCUUCCAUGAAAUACUGUUUCCUAACUAAUACCCUGACCUUCUUUAGAUGGUUUAGCCACAAAAGAAUAUUGACUGUUUUUGUAGUUAGCUCUACAAAAGUUGCCCACUCUAUAUGAAUCAUGCUGAAGAUAGAAGUGGUUUUGCAUAAACUGAGCUUCAAGCUCCAAGAUAAGUCUAAAUCAGAGGUGUCAAACUCAAGGCCCGGGGUCCAGAUCCAGCCUGGGGGUACUUAGAUCUGGCCUGCAGGGCCGCCCUGGAAACAGCGAAGGACCGGCCCAUGGUGCUUCUGCCAGUGAAAAUGGGCUCCCGAGCUCCGUUUUCACUGGCAGAGGGUUGCAGGAGGCCAUGGCAACCGAAAAUGGAGUUCUGGAGCCUGUUUUUGCUGGCAGAGUGCUUGGGCCACCACAGGCGCCCCCAACAGGAAUGAUGUUAAGCUGGCCACAUUCACCUUGGCCACACCCACCUUGCCCCCCCCCAGGUCAAACACAACCCUGAUGCGGCCCUCAAUGAAAUUGAGUUUGACACCCCUGAUCUAAAUCAUCAACUAUCAAGGAACCAGUAGAGGUUCUUUGAUAGUUUCACUGAAAUGGGAAGUGCUGACAAAAAAGAGGGAACUAGAAAGUUAUUAUGACAUUGCACUGCAUUUUAAUGUUCAGUGUGAUCAGACACUAAAUCACAUUUAUUUAUUUAUUAUAUUUCUAUACCGCCUUUCUCCCGUAGGACUCAAGGCGGUGUACAGUCAAGGAAAAUAUAGAUACACAAACAUCAUAAAAUUGCUAAUUAAAAUUAUUAUUAUAACAUAGUUUGGCCCAAUUAAAUAGAACCUAAAAUUAGAUAACAUUUUAAAAACAUUCACAUGUUCAUAUGUUUAGCCCCGCCUGUUGGAACAUCAGGGUUUUGAGGGCACGGUGGAAAGCACGGAGAUCAGGGAUAUUUCGUAUCUCAGGGGGCAGUUCAUUCCAAAGGGUUGGAGCCCUCACAGAAAAGGCCCUCCCCCUGGGAGUCGCCAGUCGGCAUAAUUUGACUGACGGUACCCUGAGUAGUCCCUCCCUGUGAGAACGAACUGGUUGGUGGGAGGCUAUUGGUGGCAAAAGACGGUCUCCUAGGUACCCAGGUCCUAAGCCAUUGAUGAUAUGCAUGAUUACUGUAAAAAAAUCAACUACUGAAAUAAAAUACCACUAAAUGUCAAAUAGAGACAUUGGUUGCCUAAAGAAUAUAUCUUCAGCAAAGAUUGUGAAGAACAAUAAUGAAAAAUUUCAAAAGAAAAUUCAUUUUUGCUAUGUUUUGUGCUCUCAAAGCUAGGCAAAAAUUCAGCAAAUGAAGUUUUUUCUAAUGCUGCUAGUUUAUAGAAGAAAUUGUACUUCUUGAAUAAUUACUACAAAGUACAUAGCCUUUGUUGGGAGGGCGAGGAGCCAAUUCCUAUACAGAAACUAACAUCACAUGAAAACAAAGAGUGUGUUCUGAGCCAUCCAUUCAUCUCAUUCUCAACUCUAAUCAGCCCCGGAAGCAGGCUAUCUGCUGUCAUGGCAUAAAAUAUCAGUUUGAUGAUGAUACUUGAUUUACCUCUCAAUCAUGGGUCAAACAGGAGAUCCUGUUGAAAUGUUGUCCAGAUGUUUGAAACCUAAUUAGUUGUGGAUGAGGAGGACCGAGUUGAGGCUUAAGAUUGACCUUGGUUUGUAAGUCUCUCAUUCCCAAUUUCAAAAAUGCUCUGAUUUUAAUUCUGCACCGAGAAUUGCUCUGAAAUAUGAUUAGCCAUAACUUUAUAGUUCCUACUCAAGGAGUGAGCGGCAAAUAACUGCAACAGUUACAACCCCUCUUAGAAUGAAAAGUUUUGCUUGCAAUAUUCAGAUCUUAAUCUCCUCUCAACUGGACUUUUGCACUUUUCUUGAGAAAUUUUAAAAACUGAUGAGGCAACCCAAAUAGUCACAACCAUUUCUCAUUGCACCUAUGUAAUUGCUGUUGCCAUUAGUUAUUGGUUGGCUUUUCGGUGUAAUUCAAGUUGCUGAUCGUCACUUUUAAUGCCCUUCAUGGUUCAGGGUCUAGAAAUCUGCCUUUUCCCAAUAACAUCAUCCUGCCUGAGAAGAUCAAGUAGGUGAGGUUCUCUUCAUAUCCUCUUGCUCAGGGAAUGUCAUCUCGAGAAGCCACAAAAGCAUGACUUCUCUAUUGCUGCCAUCCUUCUAUGGAGCAGCACUUUCUAAGAUUUUAAUUCUCUUUUUGGCAUUUAGGAUGUCUACAAUUUAAGUAGGCCCAGAGGUUUGAACAAUUAUUUCCUCAAGCAAUUUGAAGUUAUCAUUUGCUGAUUGUGUUUUAUUCCUGGGUUUUAUACUUAUUAUUAUAUUCAUUACAUUGUAUGGCUGUUUACUGUCUAUUGUUUUGCUUUUAUCCAAGCUUAUGAAGGGGGAAUUCUGCACAACUCAUAGUCAAUUAUGACUGGAAAAAUCUAUAUUAUUCCUAGCCUACAAACAAAGUGUAUCAACCUAGAACUAAGGAGACAUUUCCCAUCAGAACAAUUAAUCAUUGGAAUGGCUUGCCUCCAGUACAUGUGGGUACCCCAUCACUGAAGGUUUUUAAAAAGAGAUUAGACAGCCAUUUGUCCAGAAUGGUAUAGGGUCUCCUGCUUGAAUAGGGGAUUGGACUAGAAGACUCUCAAGGUCUAUAUGUAAAAUAUAUAGAUAAGAUAAGCAAGCUGAAGCUGCAGUUUACAGGUGGUCUUUGAUUUAUGACCACAAUUGGGACCGGAAUGUCCAUUGUUAAGCAAUGUGUCAUAAAGUGAGACAUCAUAGGAUCAUACUAAAUGACAGGAACUCCAGCCCUCCCCCUUGCUAUUAUUAACUGAAAAUAGUGGGUUGUUAAGUGAAUGCCCACUGGAAUCUGAGCCAUUCUGGACUUGGUUUCUUCAACUCCCCUCACUCACCUAUGUCUUCCUUAUGGCUGCCCUUCAUCUGCUUUGUGGGAUAGCAUGGCUCUGGGACUGCUUGCCAUGCCCUGGGAAGCCAGAGCCACCCCAGACUAAUCCCAGUUAAAGUUGCCCUCACCACCCUGCACUCCAGACCCCUGUCACCCUGAGUUCUAUUGUCUCAGCUGACCUCCACUGUUUUCUUGCUCUGUUGCUGACAAGGCCUGCCCACCCUGACUUCACAUACACACACACACAAAAAAAAACCCCAAAAACCCAACCUCACCCUUAAAACAGCCCCUGAGCCAUAAUGUGUCAAAAUACCAUUUUGCAAAAAAAAAAAAAAAAAAAAAAACCUCCUGGAGCAAACCAAACACUCCCUACAAAUGACUCCCCAGGCUGGCUCAACAGCAUACCACAAAUAAGAAUGCUACCCAAUGGGGAAAGUCAGAAGUGGUUUUGCCCAAUGUGAAAGUGUUGGGGGCUAGCUCAGCUUCUGUAGCGAAUGCUUCCUGCAUAUGGUUUCCUGAGCCUCCAGAAAGUUUCUGAAGUCCUGCAACGUAUUGUGAGAAUAGGGACAUCUACUGUUCUUCAAAUAGCCUGCCACAUUCCCAAUGCUUUGGCAAGCCUCAAAAGCUUUCUGAAGGCAGCUCAGCUUUCCAAAGGAGCCAUGUGUAGGAAAUGUUCUCUAGAAGCUAAAGUGUGUGGGAUAGCAUGUCUGAAAAGAAAGCAGCAAAGGCAACAAAGCAGCUGGCUUCAAUCACGGUGGCUGGAUGCAAAAGAUGAAAGGCUAUUGCAGAAAGAGAAGGCAAUGGUAGGUGAACAAAUAUUUGGCUUCCCAGCUGCUUUGACUAGGUGGGACAGCUGAGCCUUCGCACUUUACUGCACUUCAGGGGCUGCUUGCCACUCCACAAAGCAGGGAUCAGGGCAGCCAAAGGAGGGUGGGAAAUAGACAGGUGGGGGAAUUGAUGUAUCCCUGUUAUAAGUACAGCCGACUAGAUGAGCUCCCAAGUUUUGAUCAUGUGACUGCAUGUGUCUUGCAAUGGUUGUCACUUUGGAUAUGGGUCGUGUCCAUUUUUUUUCAGCAGUGUUGUAACUUUGAGCAGCUGAACAAAUGGCUCAUCAUAAAUUAAGGACUCCUGGUAAAUUUCUAAGACCAUCUAUUGAAGUAUCCACAUUUUCAGACAUGGAACUCAACCCUGUUUUAAAAAGAUAUUGUGUGCUUCUGUAGAAAAUGUAUAAUAUGCUUUUUUAAAAAUAGUAAUUAUUGUGACUAUGUAUUGCCUCCAGUAUUUUGCUGUGCUUCUCAGUGGGGAACAAAGGGAUGUGCUGUGAUGGUGCUAUUGCACUCAUGUCCUUCUUGGUAACUUUCUAAAGACAUUUCUCUGGUUGCUCAUUAUGUGAUACUGGAUGACAUAGGCUUUUGGUCUGAUCCUGCAGGACUUGUAUAUUGAUACAUAGAAACUUAAGACAAAUUCACUGUUUUAAUGAAGGAGCAGCUGCAAUAGAAGUAGCAGCUAAAAUCAUACUUUUUAAAAUAAUGAUUUAAAUCUUUUUAGUUAUAUAAUCUAAGAUAGUAAAGGAAUAUAUGCAGGUUUUGUCUAAUUAUUCCGAUUGCACAAUAAAAGCUUUUAUUGCACCUUA